AUGGAAGAACAGGAUGCCACUGUGGUAAGUCUACCAUCCGUUAGCACAACACAAAUUAACUGGGUUAAGUCAGAGGCGAAUUAUACACGAGCAAAAUAUGCAGCGCCAUGGAUUAUCCGACUAUGCAAAGGAUUGUGGAGAGAAUUACAACCGUACAAACAUGAACAUGUCUCCAGCGCAGUUCACUACACCAGCGGUUCUCAACUGAUAAACGAAUUAAUUCGGUUAAGUGGUAAAUCCGAUAGAUUACUAGCAUCCGGGGUUUGGCAAUUGUUAUUAGAAGAAUCGGCAAUUGAACCUUGCGAUCACCAGGGAAAAUCAAUUUCAGCAGCGGAUGCGAAGGUGGAGGAAUUCGUUGAUGAUUUAUCUCGAUAUUAUCGUUGCUGCUGCCCACCGUAUCACAUGACAAGUUUAGAUGAGGAGCUGCAGCAACUCAACCAACAUCCGUUGUCAACUUGCCUCGUAGCAACUGGUAAACAUCGAAUUGAUACCCUUCGUAAAUACGCUUCCGCUAGUGUUCAUACGGAUAGUGUUGAGAAUGAUGAAAACAGUGUUGAUAGAUUUAGUCUUCUGUUAGACAGGGUAUAUGAAUUGGCAUCCGACGCUGUUUUUCGCCGCAUUUUACUAAAGCCAUGCAACCAAAGGACACAAACUGAAUUGGAAUUUGUGUUUAGCGAAUUGUCCACAAGUCCUUCUCUUGGACAACUAUCUAUUUCAGUAAGAAAGGAACUUAGCAAGUGCAUAAACUAUGAAGUUCACCGUGAAGCCGGCGCACUGAUAUUUCGCCAAGGUGACCCAGGCGAUUCGUGGUACAUCAUUCACCGUGGAAGCGUGUGGGUCCAUGUUGAUGGUCAGGGCUAUGUCUGUCGGCUAUCGGAAGGUGACGAUUUUGGCAAACUCGCGAUUGUGACUGGUUCUGAAAGGGCUGCAAGCAUAAUACUGGCUGAAAACAAUUGUCAUUUUCUCCGAGUUGACAAAAAUGAUUUUACUCGCAUUUUAACUGACGUAGAAGAAAGUAGGGUGCGGUUGCGUGAAGGUGAAUCUGACGUUCUCAUUUUGGAGCGUUGUGCAGGUGUUUUGCCUGCAAAUGAUAAAAUAAAGUUAUCGUAG